AUGGGGUCCGCCUUUUCCCAAAAACAAGACACGAACAAGGGCCCACGAGCAAGUCCCCAUUCCUUCAGGCUCCGCGAGAAGAACGAGACCCAGGAGAAUUACUAUCAGGCUGGAACAUCAGCGCUCAGUAGCAACCUCCGGAGAUGCCAGACUGUGGAGCUCGCCUUGCGCUCAGCGGGCAACUAUACACAGGGGCUGCUCAACGACUUCACUUGGGAUAACUUCACGAUAACAUCCCAGGCCGGAAGGUGUGAUUUCGCAGCACAGUGGCAAGAGAUUGUGGACCAGUGCUGGGGUGCCACAGAGCUGGUGCUGCGGAAGGAGUUGCCCGAUGGCUUUAACGCAUUGCAGCAGAUGUGCGCGAAGCUGAGUGACGUGGUCCGAUUUGUCAGCCCGGCGAUGAUGGUCAAGUUGUGGAGGCUGUGUUACCGACUCUACAAGACAUGCUCCAAAAUGGGCGACGGUGAUUUUCGACUCCUCCGUGAGUUUCUCAGAUACAUCAGAGAACUCAUGGGUCACCAUCAUGGGAACCACCCGCUUUGCCUGGCGCUGGACGCGAUAUCUACGGCUCCUGGAGGUGAGCUACGCGACACUCUGAGAGUGUUCUAUCUCAUCACAAUCCGGGCCAUGGAGUCCCGAUUGGGACAGCAUCACUCCGUCGUUCUAAAUAUGUGGUCCAACUACUUGAAAUACUGGGAGGGAGAUGGCUUGGACAGCGCGAGCUUCAUCCAGGGGUACCAAGCGCUCCUCGGCACUUCCGAGUCCGAGUUUGGGGUGAUAGUAGAAAGCACCGUCACGGUGCUCCACGGCUUCAUGUACGCCGCAUACUACAACCUGAAAGACAAAGCUCUCAACAAACACCUCGCUUUAGAGCUGCACAGCAGGGUACCGCAAAUGCCUUGCCUUCAGGGAGUUCCUUGGUGGAGUGUGCCUACGCAAGGAUUUGCCCUUGCAGCAAAACUGCUUGCCACACUGAGCCUUGAAGAAGGGCAAAUCGAAGCCUCGUGGUCGUUCAUAGAAAAUGCUGUCAAUCGACUUUCACAAUCAGUGGCAGUGGCUUCGGAGGACGCUGUUUGAUUCUGGUGGAGAUGGUUCAGUUUGCAUUUGGCAACCCUGACUUCCAGAGCGGGCUCAUGUUGACCCCGGCUACCAUUCACUGGCAAUAAAGUACUGGGCAAAGCCCCUUGAUGAAACAUCCGCUCUUUAUUUAGCUGUGCCAACUCCUCUGUAUCAGGGUAAUUCCAAUAUCUGGGCUCAGCGACAAUCUUGCUCUCGCUUGGCCUGUUGAGGGCAAGUCUAUCCUGAAAAACACCCAAAAGACUCGAGAUCUUUGAGGCGGC